UCAGAAGUGACAUCUUGCUUACUACUUUGCAUGUGAUCACUGAUUGGCCAAUCAGUGAUCACAUGAUCGGGACCUCGUACAGAGGUCCCGUCCGACGAUCGGUGUUUCACUGUGUCCGGAGGACACAGCGGGCACCGGAUCGCGGUGCUGCGCGCUCCCAGGGAGCACGCACAAGCAGGUGUUUCUCUUCUAAAGGACAGAUAUGAAGCAAAAUGCAUGUUUAUAUCAAGGACUAAACAAUAAAAGGUGUGAUUUUUUUUUUUUUUUUACUCAUCCUUUUCUCAAGCAAAUA